AUGGAGCACGUAUCAACCCUCUGUGCGGCUGGCACAAUUGGCAUUGCAGCCACGGGUUUUGCUCUAGGUCGACCGUCUCCCCCAAAACAACGCCCAUUAACAGCGAGAAGGAGGCAAAGCCUCCUCGCGAGACGCUGCCACUCCCGCUCGAACAGCGCUGCUGAGCCUCGUCCUGCAACCGCCGCCCACCCCGGCUUUCCCUCUCCUAGCUUUUCGCAGCAGCAGCCAUUCCCACAGGUUCAAGCUCCGCAUCCAGCUGUGAAUAAAGGCCUGCAAACAGAACCUAGGACGCCGGCAAGGAAGCCAGAGGAGAGAACCGGCCUUCGUCCCCGCCGUCGGACGUAUGUAGGCCCCGGAAUUACAAUCAGUGAGGGAGAAGUCACAGAUGAAGCACUUCCAUCUCCCAUCACCGGGCGACCGUCGUCAUCGUGGCUACGACGGCUUUCGACAAUUACCUCGUCCUUGAAUGGGAGCUCAGUCUCUGGGUCGCGACCACAAUCUCCAUCUAUAACCAGUUCUACGACCCCCUUUUUCCUCUCAUCGCAUCCCGUUACCUCUCCCAACAAGCUUGUGAAACGAUCGACCUCCUCGCACGGGCUCCCAGAAUCGCACCCACCUUUUACUGCUGGGCCUACUUCUUUGCCUCUCUUACGCCGCCCGGCUACAAGCCAUCAACGAUCUGCAACUAUGCGCCAGCGUUCAUUAACUGAUAGCCGAGUAGAGUCUACGCCCCCAAAGCUGACUCCGAAUUUUUCGAUUCGGAGUGGGAACUCUGCCUUCGGCAUAAAUCACGACGGCCCAUGGCGACCAUACUUUAGCAGGACCCGCCCAACAAGGUGUUCAGAGAGCUACGGCAGGCGACGGACUGCGACGUCAAAACAUCGAACCCGGUCUCCAUGUCGGCUUGUUUCUCACUCCAGUGUCCCUCCCACUUUGUUACUUGCAUCCUCUAUCGCACCUACGAACCGACACAGCAAUUCCAUCGUCAAUUCAGACCAACCAAGGAUCGCCAAAGGUCAUCAGUCAUGGAACUCAGCAGACUUAGGAGGUGAUCCUUUCGCGCAUCGACCUGUCACUAGACACGUACCCUUGAAACCUUGCUCUUCUAUGCAAGACGUUGACAGUGAAGACCUCAUAUCUCCAUGGACCAUGCCGAGGAACGCGCCACAUAGAUCUUCUUUUUCACAAGAUAAUGAUUGUCUGGAUCUGCCAUCUAUAGACUCCGCGCGUAGAUGCAAAAGUGAGAGGCUUAAUGGGGGUUCUGUGCAAUCGCGACGAAGAGGAAACAUCACCGACCCAGACGUCUUCCGUCGUCCGAGUACAUCGUCCCAAAUAGAGCUGACCGCAGCCCACUUCGAGAGAACUGCGACCGUGACUGAGGAUUUUACUCCAAAGGCCCGUUUACGCCAUCUUCCAAAUUUUUCGAAUCUUCGAUGCGAGGCGCUUAAUUUGGCUGCAGCUGAUUCGGGCAAUGCAAACCUUGAUUCUAAGUCGUCACCUAGAGCCCCUUCCCCCCCAGGUUCCCCGACCGCGAACUCCACUCAACCGUCGGUAGAUUGUUGUCUAAAUCAACGUCACUCAGCUGCAGGAUCAGACCCAGCGUCGACGUUGGUUGGAUCUGAUAAUGAUAUUAAGGUGUUUAGUUCUGGGGAAGAAGAUGACACCGACUUCCAAAGCGACAUUGCCUUUGAUUCAUUGCCAACCCGUGCAGCCGGAAGCAACAAAUCGGUCCGUCGUGGUCCUCGUAUUGAAACAAUAUUUGAUCAGUCAACCUCGAUUACUGCCCCAAAACUUGUCUCUCUGCCUGCUGAAAAUUAUCCCCCCAAUAUUGAUUUCGCAUCAAACCACUCAACGCCCCUUACCCAUUCUUUUGAGGGCUUCUCCGACGAUAAACAGCAUCUGCUUUAUGCUGAGAAGAGUUCACCGCCCGCUCAGAUAAGUUUCUCGGAUACCGGAUUAGACAAAGAUGCUAGUUCAUCGUCUGCUUCAAGUAGUCCGCAAACCCAGCGCCUUAGGCGAACUGCUAAGCUCCAAAAUAUCGAAAAGUCCCGCCGUGAUGCCAAUGGCCUUCCUUUAUCAAAUAAUCGGCAUGACAACAAUCUUAGUGUCACCGUUACAAACUCCGUUUCCGCGUCGGACUUUCACAGAACCACUACAUGUAGUCCAGUUUCAUCCGUCGCAUUUAACGAAAACUCUGAGAAGAAUUCUCACCUCUGUCUUUAUGACUGGUCCGAACAACAAAAGAUUAAAAAGGACGAGCAAGGGUCCGAUCCCCGACCUAGAACUUCUCAUAUAGAGCAGUUCCUUGACCUACGUGGGGGUAGAACUGCUAUCCGCCGUACAUCGAGCUCUCUUCAUCUGCGAAGCCAAAGCGUACCACUUUCGCGAGAGCCGGUUGCACCAAAGGAGCCCAGCGCCAAAAAGUUCGCAACUUGGGGUUUAGGAAAUAAGGGAGCAAGCGAAGAUUGGGAUGGUGAUUUUGAUUUUGGGGAUAGCGAGCGCCAAUGCCAAACCAAUCCUUCCGAGAAACGCCAGGACCCGCCGAGCAUGACGCAAACUGUGAAAGUUCCUCAGGCAAUCAUGGAACGACAGGAGAGUGUUUAUGGACAAUUUAGUCACGUCCAAGAGCUGACUGUGCUAGUAGAGGAGCUCAAACUCCUCAGGGCUAGGGCUAGGGCGAUGCAUAUAAUUGACGGUCCUUCGAGUGAAUUGUGGAAAGAAGCACAAGGCAUCAUUAGUCUGGCCACUUUCGAGGAAGACGAAGAAUAUGAGCACGAGCUCAGGAUGAGGCGCUCAACCUCGUCUCUCACAUUUAGCCUCGAAGAGUUUGAUGCCGAACUAGGGUAUGCUAAGCAGUCAGGACUAUCUGAUACUGUGGCGAUUACCGAUGACCAGUUUGCACUCCCCAAAGCAGAACAUGUCUCGUGCAAUGGGAGGCAGCACCUUCGCCCACGAACAGACUCAUCCACAAAAGCCAAGUAUGUUCUCGAUACGAUACACCGAGAUCGAAAGCUGCGCGAAAACGCCUUUGCCAAACAAGGUUCCGACGGACAACAUAAACUAGCCUUUGACACCCAAUCUCUCCGGGACCUUGUCGUACGUGCAGGUGUUGUUACGAGGGCACUGAAAGACGUGGUUCGAAAGGCAGAAGGAGUCUGUUUGCUGCCAGAGGUCGACACGCGAACCUCAGACCCUCCGUUUAGCAAAAUCUUUUGUCGACCCCAAGCCGAUUCGUCUGUUGUCAAUUCCCACAAUUGAGUCUUCAUAAAUGACCCGCGAUGAUUGUUUGCGAUUCCCUCGCUUGGUUGAUUAAUGAAAAUGAUGUCAAUGAUCACACAAUCUUUAUGGUGUUCUUCAUGGCCUUUUUUCUUUUUCUUUUUCUUUUUUCUUUUUUUUUUUUUUUUUUUUUUUGGUCUCUCACAAAAAAGGACUACUCUGUUGUCAAAUUCUGAUCGGAGGCCUUCACGAAUCUGUUCCUUUGGCGCUCUUUCUCUUUUGUUUGGCAAUUAGUUUCUACUUCUACUGAUUUCCCUUCUGACUUGUAAUUUCUGCUAUUCAGCUUGAGAGCAAUUCCUUAUGUUUCUGGGUACAGUGGGUUGGGAGGUGGCCCUUUUUUCCUUUCCCCCUUUUUUUUUCUUUGGUCUCAGCCUUUUGUCUGAUUAUUAUCCCUUCUUCGAUUCAACACUGCUCAUUAGCGCUGUCUGGAACUGUUUUCAGAUACCCGACAUUCUGAUAGUAGCGGACUUUUCAAGGUUUCUGAUGUAAACCAAUGAGGCCUUUUUUGUGUCAUUA